AUGGACGGGCAAUCCCCGUUACACUUGGUAGCACUAGUAGUCGUUUCAACGCCGACUACUGCAAUGGAUUCACCUAUGGAUAUGGUGGACAGGUCGCCCUCAGAUCAACAGGGAGGAAUAUUUGUGCCCAACACACUCGCAGCGGAUAAUCGGAAUAACGUGGUCUCCGACAUGCUCCAUUUGGAUCAAGAAGUGAUAAGUCAACGCAUAUUAUAUUUUGUUGUGUAUGAGCAAGGAUUAUUGGAAUUUUUAUCACAGAGCAUACCGACGCCAGUUCCAUCACCUCCACCACAAGUGGUGGUAACACACGAAACGUCCCGAAAAAUCGAGGUGAAAAGCUUUCACGAAAACGAAGGUGAUAAUCUUGCUUUUUCGCAGCGAGAAACAGAUUUCACUUUCGCGGUGGCUCAAAUUCGUGAUGAUCGCAGUCAAGUAGCGCCGCAUUUGGAUGGUCAUGCGUAG